AUGACUCGAACAUAUGAGGCUGCAAUUGCCUCUUUGAAUUCACUGCAAACUAAUUAUGCGAUCGUGGAAGAGCUUCGGAAGUCGACCUCGAGGGAGGAUAUGAACGCCCGUUCCAUCCCCGAGACAGUGGAGUGGUUAGAGCGCAUUGGUUACAAGCCUUCCGAUCUCAAUCGCUUGAAUGCAGUUCACGUUGCCGGCAGCAAAGGCAAAGGCUCAACCUCCGCAUUCAUCUCCACCAUCCUCUCCCAAUAUACCAAGGAAGAGCCCAACCAACCUGCACCAAAACUCCACAAAAUUGGCCUUUAUACCUCUCCCCAUCUCCGAUUCGCACGUGAGCGCAUAAAGAUUGACAACGAACCAUUGUCCGAGGAACAAUUCGCGCGCUAUUUCUUCGAAGUAUGGGAUCGCCUUGAGCAGUCCGCCAAGGUGGCGGGCCAGGAUCCCACCGCACCGGGUACUAAGCCACAAUAUUUCCGUUAUUUGACCCUGAUGGCAUUCCACACCUACCUGAGCGAGGCUGUGGACGCCGCAGUGAUUGAAUGUGGAAUCGGUGGUCAAUAUGAUUGUACCAACGUCAUCCCACAGCCCAAGGUGACAGCGAUCACUAGUCUUGGAAUCGAUCACACUGCAAUGCUUGGAACUACGAUUGAACAGAUUGCCUGGCACAAGGGUGGCAUUAUCAAGCCUGGCGUGAAGGGCUUUGCGGCACCGCAGCCUACAAGCGCCGAGGAGGUUUUGCUUAAACGCGCUGAAGAGGCUGGAACUCAGCUGGACAUUGUGCGUGGCCAUUCUGAACUUCACCCCGAGAGCAGCAAGGUUGCUCUUGGACUGGCUGGAGAUUUCCAGUACACCAAUGCCUCGGUAGCAGUAGCAAGCGCGGCAGAGUUCUUGCACCGAGUUGGUGUUGAUGUUCCGGCGAAUAUCAUGGAGGGACCACUCCCGGCGAAGUUCAAGACCGGUCUUGAAGAAACCCGCCUAGGGGGCCGGUGCGAGACCCGAUUUGAGAACAAUGUCUCAUGGUACAUCGACGGUGGACAUACCUUGGAGAGUAUCCGUUUGGCUGGCCAGUGGUUUGCCUCGCGCAUUCUGGCCGAUUCGUCGUCAGAAGAUAUUGCCGCUCAGAAGACACGAAUCUUGAUUUUCAACCAGCAGACUCGUGAUAGCAAAGCGCUUGCUCGUGCUCUCCACGAGACCCUCGCCGCUGCCCUCGGACAUAACACCCCAUUCACACAUGCCCUAUUCUGCACCAACAUCACAUAUAAACAGGCAGGCUUCCGGCCCGAUCUCGUCAGCAUGAACACCAACGCUGACGAUCUUGAACUUCUCCGAGUGCAAAAGUCCCUCGCCGUCGAGUGGAAUGCUAUUGACCCCCAAGCUCAAACACAUGUCUUCGGUACCAUUGAGGAGGCUGUUGAUUUCGCGCGGGAACUCGCAGGCCAAGAACGCAAGACUCUGCAGAAGGAUGAAGCCCCAGUCAUGACUUUUGUCACAGGCAGUAUCCAUCUGGUUGGUGGAUUCCUUGACGUGGUGGAAACCAAGCCACCUAGCGAUGCCUAA